AUGGAGGGUACGGAUCGGUCCAAUAGCGUUUCAUUUCCAUUCUUCGUGGAUCUUUCGACCGACGAGACCGGUCUCCUAGAGCCCUUGCAGGAGAACUUAGAUCUGCUUGUCUGCUGUGUUGUUCUCGAAUGGAAGAGAUCAAGGGAUUAA